GCAUUAAAUCUCAAGAUGAAGAAGUGGUUCAACAAGUUUACUUCCUGUAUUUUUAAUUGAAUGUAGUGUUUGCGUUUAAUAUUUGUUUUAAUUAGCGAAACAGCUUGACGUUUCCCUCAUAAAUGAACUUUAGUCCAAGCCAAGUUAAUACUAAACGUGUUCUCAUAAAGGGAAGUCAUCGAACAGAGAAAAGCUAAUCUAUCUACCGGCUAACAGCGUCUGUCUUCUUCAGCUCAAAGGUCUCAGCCGCUCAGGAAAGUUUUUGAAAAGGAUCGACCUCCAAACAUGUCUGGAAGUCCAGCUGUGGUCAUGCGCCUCGUGGCGUCCGCCUACAAAGUGGCUGAGAAGGCUGGAUCCAUCGUGAGGAAGGUGCUUCACAGUGGAGAACUGGGUGUUGUGGAAAAGACAGGAGCUAAUGAUCUGCAGACGCUGGCAGACAGACUUGCACAGAAAAGCAUUUGUGCUUCACUGUCUAGACAUUUCCCCAACAUCACCAUCAUUGGGGAGGAGGACCUUCCAGCUGAAAAAGUAGAAGAGGAUCUUAUUGAGAAAGGGCAGGAGGAGGAAAUCCUUCAGAAGAGCUGUCCAGAAGAGUUUCAAGAUCUGAAGGAAGAAGAGCUUGUUGUGUGGGUCGACCCUCUGGAUGGCACAAAGGAAUACACCGAAGCAUCGAGGUUUCUCCAUCUUGGAGCUGUAACUCCCAUCCCACACAAAGGGUUGAACACGUCUCAGUUUCACAGCCCAAUUCUCUGGCUCCUCGAUAAUGUGACGGUGCUCAUUGGUAUUGCAUAUGGAGGCAGGGCCAUUGCAGGAGUCAUCAACCAGCCCUUUUACAACUAUCAGCUCGGGCCAGGAGCGACGUUGGGAAGAACGCUGUGGGCGGUGUUGGGAUUGGGCGCCUUUGGUUUUCAGCUACAGGAACUGCCAGGAGACCGACGAAUUGUCACCACAACCCGUUCCCAUAGUAACAAGGUGGUGAUAGAGUGCGUUCAUGCCAUGGAGCCUCAUAAAGUCAUACGAGUGGGCGGUGCUGGAAACAAGAUAAUCCAGCUUAUUGAGGGAAGAGCCUCAGCAUAUGUUUUUGCCAGCGCAGGGUGCAAAAAGUGGGAUACUUGCGCUCCUGAGGCCAUUCUUCACGCAGUUGGAGGUAAGCUGACGGACAUGUAUGGGAAUGCCUACUGCUACCACGCUGAUGUGAAGCACAUGAACUCAGCCGGAGUUCUUGCCACACUCCGAAACCACGAGUACUACGUCAGCAGAGUUCCACCGAGCGUACUGCAAGCUCUCAAGUCUGACUGAAGUUCUUCAUCCUUUUCCCUCUGUGGCGCUCUGGGAUGUUCGGAUUCGAAUCCCCUCACUUCCUCCUAUAAAUCCAAAUGUUCUCAAUUUUUUAUCUGAUUUUGGUCACAUAAAAAAUAUUUGAUUUUAUGGUCUCGUUUAAAACUACAGAAAUCAACAUUUUUGGGACAUAAUUAUAUAUGUGCCUGGAUUUUCUGAUGAUCUAUAGUAGAACAUCAAAUGUUUUCACUCUAGAAUUACUUUUAACUGGUUUAGAAACACUACAAAAAUGUAUGAAAAUGCACUUUUCUUGAAUAAUUUUUGUUUUUUAUAUAUGUUUUCUUACAUUCUGGUCUGUCUUUGUUGAUUAAAGGGCAUUAUUUCAGUAUAAAAGUGGUUAUUUCCAUCCUGCAGUCCAGGACUUAUGAAAAAACAAAGGGGAAGCCAUUUACACAGCUUUUUUUGUAAAUGUAUUUCUCCUAUGUCAUUAAAAUCAAUUUAGUAUAUCUAGAUAAAUCCUUUGAGAUUUGAGAAAAUGCCAAAAUGAGUCCUGAUUUUUGCAAUAAAAAUGAACUUUGGAGAAAUGUUUUUACAAGAAAAACAAUCUAAUCAAACAUUUUUGGUAUUUCUUCUUUUUGUUCAGGGAAAAAUAAGCUUCACACAACUGAAAAGAUCUUUUAUUACUGAAAUUAAAGCAAUAAAUCAAAGUAACAUUUUGUAUUAACUAAAAGAGGUGUAUUUAAAACUGGUGGUCAGUUGGUGUUUGUGUACAAAGUUCAAUUUGUCUUGUUUCUUUACUAAGUUCAGAGCAUUAUGCAUGUCAGCUUUGUGGAAAAUAAAAGCUUUGGAGAACAUCA